UCACCUAUUUUACCUUUUUACAUGGAUGACAGCUCAAAUUAAAGAAAGUUUUAUUCAAUCCAAUAUUCUGAUGUUGUAUUUUGAUGGAAUUAGUGUAGAGAAACAUCACAAGACUGACAUUGUAAUGUUUUGAUGCUCUGUGUAGCUGAAAAUUUUCAAGUUAAAUGGUUAGACAAGUGAGGCGAGACCAUGGUUCAUGACAGUAAAUUGGAAAAGAGCAAUAAGUUACUGAGAAUCAAGAGUGCUCAUGGUCGGAAUAUCAGUGUGGUUAGGGAGGUUUACAGGAGAGAAGAUGUACCAUGCCUGAGCCAACUAUGUCUCGGUGACUGUCAGAUUGUCGCAGGCACAGGUGAUAGUGGACUAGGUUUGCUCCCUGCAGAUACAAGCCAUUACCUUGUCCCGGACUGUCAGGUAGCUCGAGAAUUCCUGGAAAUCCUGGAGAAUCCCGUGGUUACAGGAAUUAUAUUCAUACAAACUGUGGUUCAUUCAGUUCAACAUGAAGGAAGUAGGCGCUUAAACAACAGACUUAAAAAUAUAGUCAAAGACAAGCGUAAGGCUUCCAUUAUAUUCCAUAAUGAAUUUCAGAAGUAUGCUUAUUGUGAGAGGGAACAGGCUGAAUCACUUACUGAUUGGCAGACAAGGAGUACUUACACGGCUGCUGAGUGGUUUUUUCAUCACCUUGCUGGACAGAAGCCCAUCAUCAUGGUGACUAAUGACAAACAGGCCAUUGAGACAUACGGAAGCAAGACACUUAAUGUGUUUGUCUUGUCUCUAGAGGAUUAUCUGAGGAAAUUCUGGCAGGCUCACAUACCAGAAGUUAUGGAGCUGUAUGAGUCAUUAACAGCAUCAUUAGAAACAAAGGUCAAAGAGAAGGACUACAAGGGUUAUUUACCAGUGGACAUUUUAGAAGCUGGUGUAAAGUCAGGAAGAUUUGUGCUGGGUCACAUCAAUGUAAACAAAAACAAUGCAGGACAGGAGGCCUUUGUUAAACAGAAGAGGUCCUUAGAGACUGACAUGGAUGAUGUAUCUGAUGAUAGGGAUAUUUUGAUACAUGGAAUGUCCUGCAGAAACAGAGCUAUCCAUGGUGACCUUGUUGUCGUGGAGUUGUUACCAAGGUCAGAGUGGAGAGGAAGGUCAAAUGUCAUCAAGGAAAGUCAAGAAGUGGAAGAGGGUGAAGAUGACGGUGUCUCUGACGGUAAUGUCAUGCCGACAGGUCGGGUGGUGGGAAUCCAGCAGAGAAACUGGAGGGAGUAUGUGGCUUCAUUUUCUCCUGAUGAGAAAGUAAGUGAAAAAGGAGGGAAAGUGUUAGUCAUUCCAUGGGACUACCGCAUUCCAAAGAUCCGCAUUAGCACAAAGCAAGUGGAGAAACUAAAGGACCAGAGAAUUGUUGUCCGAAUUGACUCCUGGGAUAUUGACUCUCAAUAUCCUAAUGGACAUUUUGUGAAAACUCUUGGACCCAUUGGAGAUUUGGAGGCAGAGAUAUCAGCCAUUCUCCUGGAGAAUACAAUACAUGCUUCAGAAUUUUCAGAAGCUCAGAAAAAAGAGCUCCCUGUGGACACCCCUGAGAACCCCUGGACUAUAGAGGAGGCAGAAUUAAGUAAACGUCGGGAUUUACGUUCAUCUCAUUUAAUUUUCUCAAUUGACCCAAAAGGCUGUGAAGAUGUGGAUGACACACUCUCUGUAAGAAAUCUGGACAAUGGUAACCUAGAGCUGGGAGUUCAUAUUGCUGAUGUAACACAUUUUGUGAGACCUGGUUCACUCACAGACACAGAGGCCAUGAGUCGGUCCACCACUGUUUACCUGGCUGACCGUCGCUAUGACAUGUUACCUGGAAUACUGAGUGCCAACUUGUGUUCACUAAUCAGUGAUGUUGAUAGGUAUGCUAUGAGUGUAAUGUGGGAGUUGGAUAAGAACUUUGAAGUGGUCAAUGUUUGGUAUGGAAAAACUAUUAUCCGUUCCAGUUAUAAACUGUUUUAUGAGAUGGCACAAGCAAUCAGUGAUGGAAUAGCUAUGUCUGAGAUAGUUAAAAAUGUUCCAGAACUCCAAAAUUUGUCUGAAAUAGAGAUCAACAGCAGGGUUGAGGAGCUGAGGUCUGCUGUGACAUUAUUGAUGAAAGUGGCAAGGCAGCUAAAAGCAAGGAGAGUUUGUGGAGGUGCUUUAGAGCUGGCAAGUGUGGAGGUCCAAGUAGAACUGACUGAGACAAAGAGCAUUGAGAACCUCACUCCUAAAGAUCAUCUGGAAGUCCAUGACACUAUAGCAGAGUGCAUGAUUUUUGCUAACCACUGGGUGGCCAAGAAGAUUGUAGAAGCAUUCCCAAAUCAAGCCUUGUUAAGACACCAUCCAUUACCUAAGAGUGAGCAAUUUGAAAAUCUGAAAAACUGUGCAAAAUCCAAGGGUUUAGAGGUGAUAACGUCAUCUAACAAAGAACUGGCUGAAACACUAGAUAACUGUGUGGAUCCAAAAGACCUGGUUGUCAAUAGGAUUCUUAGAAUGUUGGCUACACAGGCCAUGUCUGUAGCUUCCUACUUUUCCACUGGUUCUCUGCCCCGGGACCAGUUUUUCCACUAUGGCUUGGCCUUGGAUUACUACACACAUUUUACUUCACCUAUCAGAAGAUAUGCUGAUGUACUGGUUCACAGACAAUUAAUGGCGGCCGUAUCAGGGGAGGACACAGAUAUGUUGCCUGGCAACCGGGAGUUGGAUGAGCUUUCUGAGCACAUUAAUCAUCAGCACAGGGCAGCACAGAAUGCCCAGAGAGAUUCUCAGGAACUGUUUCAGUAUUUGUAUUUUAAACAGAAACAUUCAGAAGAUGAGUGCUGUUUGGCCGAUGCUAUUAUAUUUCAGCUCAGAGCCAAUGGUCUCAUGGUUUUUGUUCCAAGAUAUGGUAUAAAAGGACCUGUCUACUUGCGUAACAAAGAAGGACAAGUUAUAUUUGUAACAGACUCUGGUCAGUCAGAGUGGACGGGUGGCAGUAUUACCAAGUCUGACAGGAGUGUCAGUGUUAACAGUGAGCUGGGUUCUCAAUCAUUCUCUUUACUGGAUCACAUAACGGUAAAAAUAACACCACAGAGUUCCCGGUCCCAUGCCUCUUCUUUGAAACUUGAACUGAUAUCAACAGAUGGAUAUGCUUUAGAUCAAGAGCUGUCAGCAACAGAAAAGUCUACAAAGAGCCAGAAACAGGCCAUAAUACAGGAGGUGACGGCUGUGGCUGAAGAGAAGCGAAGUCAGACAUCCAUGGAGGACCAGAGCGUAAGAUAUCAGUCACUGAAGGCAGAAUUCGGUCAGACGCCAGAGAAUAAAAGCUUGUACACAGUGUUUGAAAAAUUCAAAGAAUUAGCUAAAAAGCCCCUCAGUUAGCAUAGAGACACACUUAAUUCACAUGUAUCAUCAAUUCAAUAUUUGUCAUAAAUUCUCUAGUUCCAGAUUUUAAAAAUUCACCCGUAGGAGUCCAGUAAUAGUAAAACAAAGUAGUCUGACAAUUGAUUAUCAGACUGCAGCAAGUUUUUCUAUUGUUUACUUAUUGGACUCUUCUUGUUAACUUUUGACAUUUAAAAUGGUAAUGUUCUAGGUGAGAUAAAUGUACAGUGUACAUGCCACAUGCUUUUCUAAAUGAGAUAUUAUCAGACUGGCUUUAACAGGUAUCAGUUUGAUAUUUUUUUCACAUAGAACUGUAUGAGGCAUAUGUUGUAUCCAUUACUUAUCAUUAUUUAUGAAGUGAAAAUGACAGCAAUGGUCUGAUGGAUUACAGUAUAUUUAUGAGAAUUGCAGCAGUGAUAUAAAGGUGCUUGAAUUAUGUCUUCUAUUUUUGUACAAUAAAAACAUUUUUGACAA